AUAGGAAGGCCAAUCACCGGCCAAGGUGCUGAGGCUUUAUAUCCCUGACCUAGAACACUGAUUUGGGUUUAAAAAGUCUACCAGAAAACCCAAGGACAGAUCCACUUCCUUUAGCAAGAUGAAAGUGUCUUUCUAUCUGUGUUCGUCACUACCGGCCCCAGCCCUCCUCUCUGUGGUUCUGCUGGUGCUCACCUCCAGUGGAGAUGCCUUCCCACACCCCGUUCCCCUGCUGCCCAGCUUGGAGGAUCCUAACUGGGAUGCCGCCCUGCAGCAGCUCCAGGCUGCCCUGGAUGCUCCGGGGAUUGGCCCAUCGGCAGUCUUCCAGCCCUGGGGGCUGAUCCGCGAGCUGGUUCCCGAGGUGGUGCACCUGGGCCUGCGAGAGGAGAUGGAGAGGAGCUGGGGCCAGCGCAGCGAACGGAGGGACUUGGGCGAGGACUUUGGAAGACGACCACUGGGCACGCUUCCCGACGGGUCAAUGAACGCCCUGCAUUUCCAGGAUGGGGGCGAGGAGGUGGGGGAGAGGAAGAACGAAGCGCUGCACUCCAUUGCUGGAGGGUUGCAAGCUUUUAACAGAGAGAAAGGAGGCUUUGGGUUCCGCUUUGGGAGAAAGUAACCUGAGGCGGAGAAGAGGAAGGUGUGUAUUUUUGGGGGUGGAGGCCACUUCGAAGCAAAACAAGAAACUGAACACAGAGCAAUUUGAGAUCAGAUGUGUAGAAAUGAGGCAGAAAUUCAGUGUCAUGAUGCUCUCUCUCUUUCUCUAUCUCUCUCUUUUUCUCUGCCCCUCUAUUUUUGAGUUUGAGUUAAAUUGCCUGAAUGAAGAACUGUAUCAAUGUACACAUGAAAAUGAGAUGACACAAAGAGGAUUUUUGUGAUCAUUUUGUGAUAAUUGAUGCAG